AUGCAUUCUUUGGGUUUAAUACAACGUACAAAAGAUGUUUUGGAGAAUACAUUGUGUGAACAGAUUGAAUCAAGGGUAGUAGAUACUUGCAGAAACACAUUUGAUAAAUCAAUGCUUCGACGUACAACAAAAUGGUUAUAUUCUGUUCUUUAUCCUUGGUUACAGAUUGUUAUAACUCCUAAUUUUUUAGAUUUCAAUAUUUCAAUAAAAGACUUAAUUAUCACUUUUGCAUGA